AACUUUCGUGCCACCCAGAAACCCUAGAGCUCUGAAAGUGGCGUCAUGCAUAUAAAAUGUAGUGGCCAUCCAAGAGGCCGCGGGAGAGACGCCGAAGUUCAUCAGCAAUGUCGAAGCGAGGAAGGGGAGGAUCCGCCGGGAACAAAUUCCGGAUGUCACUGGGUCUUCCAGUGGCUGCUACUGUCAACUGUGCAGACAACACAGGAGCUAAGAAUCUAUACAUCAUUUCAGUGAAGGGGAUCAAAGGUCGCCUCAAUAGGUUGCCAUCCGCAUGUGUCGGCGAUAUGGUUAUGGCCACCGUCAAGAAGGGCAAGCCUGAUCUCAGGAAGAAGGUCUUGCCUGCUGUUAUUGUUAGGCAGCGCAAGCCAUGGCGCCGAAAGGACGGUGUCUUCAUGUAUUUCGAAGAUAACGCUGGUGUUAUUGUCAAUCCUAAGGGUGAAAUGAAAGGUUCGGCUAUUACCGGCCCCAUCGGGAAGGAAUGCGCUGAUCUGUGGCCAAGAAUUGCUAGUGCUGCUAAUGCUAUUGUGUGAGAAUCAUUAUAGGUUGUACGAUGUUUUAGGAGUGAAAUUUUGCAAUUUUCCUUCCAGGGUCUAUUUUGUUUCCUUGGGUUUGCCUCUGCUAUGUUAGACACACACAGAUGCAAGCUUAGGUUUGAGGUUUCUUAAUCUAAAUGGAUCACUCGAAUUGCUGUUGAACGUUUUGCCAGUUCUAUAGAUACGAAGGACUCCUGUUUUUUUUA